AUGUCGAUGUCAGUGCGAUCCGCUCUCAAGCAACACAACGGCGUCAUUCGCCUAAUCGAAACCCACGAUCCAUUCUCCACGGAAGUUAUUCGAAAUACAGGAGAAGAUGAGCCAUCCUUCGAAGGUGUAUGGAUCAGUGGCCUAACUCAAACGACCUACCUCGGAAUCCCAGAUACCGAACUCAUAUCUCCCCUACAUCGCUCGAGCAUGAAGCUACCUUACUCCAGGAACGAAAAUGCUCUGUGUGCUGCAUUUGAUGCUGAUAGCGGUGGAAAAAUCGUGGACGCUCUAGCCUUGAAAGCCUUUCUGAUUCGUGAAGGAGUCUCCAUGAUCAUAAUCGAGGACAAGGAAUUGACGGCUCCAGGAACGAAAGUCAAUUCCCUUCUAUCCGCAGCUGAACCCCAGUCUCAAGCCGAUCCCUAUGAGUUUGCCAAGAAGAUUAAGGCCUUCAAACAGGGACCCGUCGAUAUCUAUGGUCCCAGUGACAGUGACUUCAUGGUUACCGCUCGGAUCGAGUCCUUCAACUUACGCAUUGAGAAAGAUGAUCUAAUGGAGGAAGCUGCUUCUGUCCAGAGAGCCCUCGAUGAUGCACUAAAGCGGGCUGAUAUCUACACAGAAGCAGGCGCCGAUGCCAUUAUGAUCCACAGCAAAAGCAAGAAUGCUUCAGAGGUACUGGGCUUUCUCAGAAAUGUUCGGCUGGUUGACAAAACCACGCCUUUGGUAAUUGUACCGACUACUUACUGCACCACAUCCCGCCAGACCCUUAUCGAUGCUGGCGCGAAUAUCAUUAUCUAUGCAAAUCAUUUGAUGCGGGCAAAAGUCCAAGCAAUUGAACCCAUUGUGCAGAGCUUUCUUGCUGCGAAUCCGGAGCUAUUCUCCAAUGAUGAGAAAGCAAAAGCUUGCCUUGAUGCUAAGAACUACGGCUGUCUUCUACGGAUUCUGCUCGAAAGAGACUUUGAGGAUGGAAAGAACGAGGAGGCCAAGCGAUUCUUAGUUGCUGCGCAGAAGAGCGCCAUAGAAAAUAUGAGAAAAACCGUUGAGGAACUGGCGAUGGGAACUGAAUCUGGGUGCGAGGCUGACGAAUAUAUUAUCACCGUGAAGCAGUUACUGGGCAUCAAUGCCGUCGAGGUAGCAAAGCCCUAUAGCUGA